AGAAAUGUGACCAGUAUACGGAGCCUCCACCCCUACGUUCCUCCUUUUUAUCCUCCCAGGAAAUUUCAGUCUCCCUGAGCACCUUGUAUUCACUGUUCUACAGUUUACAAGGACCCUCUUGCCAUCUGUGAAAUGGACCCAGAUAAACAAGAUGCUCUUAAUAGUAUUGAGAAUUCCAUUUACGGAGCAGUCUUCAAAUUAUGAUCAGUACAAACUCUAUGCCGAUGAGACUUGAUUGACAGCUCCCUGAUCCAGCAUGUCCUACUAUAUCAACCUUUCUGGGAAGCUAGGGAGAGCACCCUUUCUGUGCAGCAGCUUCAGGCACUCCAAGAGCUGUUUCAGAGAAAGAGGGCAGAAAAACCAGGACAGGUGCAUCCCAGAGCUUCGGAACUCACUCUGAGCCUUCUCACAAUGAUGUAUGACAGCUGCCCUUCUCAAUCUUGUCUCUUCGUUUUGUUGCCAUGUGGCACAGGAGUGGGUUUUCUCAAGCUUUCAUCUGCUGCUGCUGCCCUAGUUUCCCUCUCAGGGGACAGCCCUCUUACAAAAUACAGAACUCUUUUUCAGCUCUAUGCAGAAAAUAACAGAAGAGAUUAUGACUCUGGAGCAUGCAUGACUCAAAAGGUUUUGAACCUCCUAACAGAUCUACAGCCGAUCCCAACCAUUGUGAGGGAGAGUAGUGGUCUGUGCUCUGUGGAAAGUGCUACACGUAGCCGUUUCCAAGGGGUGUUCAGCCCAGCAAUCAAAGAAGAGAAAUUUCCAUCUUGGGUGCAGUCCGAGCCUCCCAUCCUCCUGUGGCUCCCAACCUGCUACCGAUUAUCAGCUAUUGAAAUGGUCACUCACCCUGUUUGGUGUGGUGUCUGCAGGACCUUCCCAAUUACUGGACUGAGGUACAGUCAGCAUGGUAUUUUGUGGAUGGAUAUUCUCCAGGCAGGGGUUGGAAACUCGGAUGCUUACGGGGACAAGGCAAGGAUGUACAUGAGGGCUGUAGGCCAGAUACCGCUGAAGUGUCUCAACUUUGACAUCUGCCAGGUGUGUUUCUUAUCUGGUCUUCACAGCAAGUCCCACCAGAAGUCUCAUCCUGUAAUUGAGCACUGCGUUCAGAUGUCCACAAAAGAGAAUACAAAACUCGUCCUCAGGACCCUCAGAAACAACCUGCUCCAAGGGCGCUGUAGGAGGUAAGAGGCUAUGAGAAGGCAGUGGCUGCUGGACCAGAUGAAUCCAAAGGUCAUGGCUAACCAUGCAAAGGCCAGGUGA